AUGAUUGUUGGAUUUGCUGUAGAUGUGUAUACAGCAGCUUAUAUCCUUAUGAUAUAUGUGAAGUUUAGACAACACUUAACAGGUAGCAGGAAUGAGACUACUACGUUAUGGUCGCAUUUAAAUGCUACAUGUCACAAAUCUCCCUUUAGAGUCCUUGAUAAGAGACAAUCAACAUUAAAACCUAUCAAAGAAGGGUGGCUACAAGGUGGUUCGGGUACUAAUGAAAGGGUAGUGUAUAAUGUGGAUGACAUUAGGAGGGCGAUUGCCGAAUUUGUAAUUCUUGAUGAGCAACCUUUUAGAGUUGUUGAGGGAGAAGGAUUUAAGAAAUUAAUGGCUAAAGCCUUACCUAAUUUUGAAUUACCUUCUCGUGUAACUGUUGCUAGACAUUUGACCUUGGACAAUGCAAGUGCUAAUGAUGCUGCCAUUAAGCAUUUGAAGUUGCGUAUUGAUGAUUAG